AAAGGAGUUAUUCAUCUUAGGUUAAGAUGUCACACCACAGCGACGAUAAUAUGUUAAUUGCUACCUCGGACUCUUUCUGGGAGCCAGGCAACUACAAACGAACAACCAAGAGAAUCGACGAUGGUCACAAGCUCUGUGACAGCCUCAUUGCUCUCGUUCAGGAGAGGGCGGAGAUCGAGAAGAAUUACGCCAAGGCACUAAAAGGCUGGUCUAAGUCAUGGAAUGAAAAAAUUGAGAAGGGCCCGGAGUACGGAACUACCGAAGCCGCGUGGAAGGGGUCCCUCGUUGAGUCUGACAGGCUGUGUGAUCUCCAUCUCAGAGUCAAGGAGAAUCUUUGUGAUGAUAUUAUACAACAAGUUAAAACAUGGCAGAAAGAUACAUAUCACAAGUCUAUGAUGACUCUGAAAGAACGAAAAGAAAUGGAGGAUGCAUUUAAAAAAGCGCAAAAACCCUGGGCAAAACUCCUUCAGAAAGUUGAAAAGACAAAAGCUGAGUACCACAACAGUUGUAAAACAGAACGCACCGCGGCCAAUAUGGAGAGAAACGCCUCAGCAGACAGUUCGCUCUCGCCUGAUCAGCAGCUGCCACGAGCUACUGGCUCUGAUAACGUCAAAAAGAUGCAGGACAGAGUACAGAAGACUAAAGAGGAGGUGCAGAAGGCGAAGGAAAAAUAUGAGGCCUCACUUCAAGAAAUAAAUCAGUACAAUCCCAAAUAUAUGGAGGAAAUGACGCAAGUGUUUGAAAAAUGCCAGGAGAUGGAGGCACAACGACUGCAAUUUUUCAAGGAAGUACUAUUUGGCAUUCACAAGUGUCUCAACAUAUCACAGGAUCCAGUUCUUCCACAAAUUUAUGAGGAAUUUUAUCAUACGAUUAAUAAUGCUGAUUUUAAAAAGGACCUCAAGUGGUGGUCUAAUAAUCACGGGGUCAACAUGGCCAUGAACUGGCCACAAUUCGAGGAUUACACAGAGGAAUUCCGUGAAAUCACCAAAGGAUCAAAAUCAAAAGAGGCGCUACCAGCUGGCUCCAUUACCCUCAUCAAUCAACGCCCAGUUGGAGAAGACCUGCAUGAUUUCCCACCAGUUAACAAUAAAGCUAAAGCAAAGCCACCAAGUGCUAGAAUGAUACCAGAGAACAAUGGAGAGGGUAAAACGGAUACGUUAGGAUCGACGAAACAAAGUUCAGAGAAGAAUAAUCAUGAUGGUAACUCCAUCAACAGAUCUUCCACAAUUACAAAUGGAACGAAUGCGAAGCAAGAAUCGAAUCCCUUUGACGAGGAAGAGUGGGACGAGGACGGGGGUGAGCCCUUGGUAGACACAGGCGAACCUGGGGUGCCUGUUAGAGCUUUAUACGAUUAUGAAGGUGCGGAAGCAGAUGAAUUAACUUUCAAACAAGGUGAAGUCUUUGAAAAAUUAGAGGAUGAAGACGAGCAAGGCUGGUGCAAAGGGAGGAAGGACGGAAGAGUAGGUCUUUACCCAGCAAACUACGUUGAUGUCGUAUCUCAGUAAUAAAUAUAUGUUUCAAAAACUCCUUGCAAAAAACGCCAAAUUCCAAGUGAUUAAUUUAAUCCAUCACACCAAGUGCAUGAAUCAAUGUCGAGAUGCUUAAUUAAUCCUCACAAGGAUGUACGAGAAAAGAGACCUUGGUUUAUAUCUAAUCCAAUGAGCAAACAAUUUCACUAGUGACUAGGGACCCUACCUACGAUUGGAAGCUUCUGGAGGUUCAAAUUUCUUCUUAAUUUGUCACUCGAGGAAAUAACACGAAGAUUGGGCGGACAAUAGAUGAAAAAUAUAGAGAUCAGUUUGAUGCAUCUAAAGGACAUGCUGGUCGAUGUUUAAAAACCUCCUUUUUUUCAAAUAAAUCUGAGAGGCAUAAGUUGUGAGAAAACUUCCGUGUAUGAUUGAAUGAGUUUGGAUCGUCUGUUUAGAAUGCUAGCGUAGUGUAUGCAUAUAAUACAAGUAUAAGAUACGAAGAAAACGAUAUAUAUGAAAAGUAAAAUCAUCGCAAGUAUUACAGAGUGCGAUGGAAAAAUGCGAAUGCCAAUUAAUAGAAUUUUUGGAAUAAAAGAAAAGAUGUGUACAGUUCUGCGCUUUUCCUGUUUCUUCAGAAAUAUCACUGAAACUAAGUCUUAUGUUCUGCAUUUUCUCUUCUUGUUUCGGAAACAAAACGAAUAUAUUAAAAAUUCUUUUUAAUUUAUUGUUAUUAUUAUUAUUAUUAUUAAAAUUAAAUUGCUAAAUUAAUAUAAUAUUCAUGAAAAAUUCAAUCUUUAUGAAUGGUGUCAUUGUAAAUAAUAGUUAUUUAUAUAAUAGAAAAGGACAUUGAAGUUAUUAUUGUAUCGUUUUAGAUGAUUAAUUACUAUAUAAGUAAUUGAUGAUAUUGAUACGUUAUAUAUACACAAGUUAUACCCCCCUUCCUUCCCCAGAUAAUUAUAUUACAUGUAAGAAAAUCACGGGACCCAAAUUAUAGUCUGUUUUUUAAAACAAAAAACAAAUAAAACAGAAUAAACGAAUGCCAAGUUCGAUGAAGAUAAAUUCAGACUAAUUAUUGAGGAAAUUUUUUCCUCCAAUUAUUUGAAAUCAAAUGUCCCAAUAACAAUCUAAUUUGUAUUGCUGGAAUUUAAAGAAGAAAAAGACAAUUUUGUGCUGGGAUGGUAAAAUAUAAUUCUAUAUUAUGAAGGCCUUGCUUUUACUGAUGCAAUUCUGUUGGAAUUGGGGAGCUCUAAGUUACCUCUGACGGAACCUUCCAUUUCUUCGUAAAAUCAUUCAUUAUUGAUAUCAUUUCAAAUUACAUUUUAUCAUUUCAAUACAAAAUUAUGACAAAGUAUACAGACCUCUCCCUUUGAUGAUGUAUAUAGUCUUCACGUUCUAUCGGGGCACUAAUGGUUUAAAUCGUGCUGCCAAAGUUAUGCUGAAUGAAUAAAUGAAUGAGAAGAGUCGAGACAUUAUUUUUUAUCCAUUUAUCCGAGUAUAUUUUCACUCUAUUCGGAUAAAAUAAAAAAUGAAAAAAAAAAUUAAGAUAAUUGAAGAACCUCCGUUGUAUUUUGUGGUGGACGGGUCAAGUUUUGGGAGAUAAAAUUUUAUGAAAUUAAUUGAUAUUUGGUGCUAUGGCGAAUAUAUCGUCAUUUCAAUUUGUUAAAUUAAUUGGUUGACAUUAUUGACAUAAGGCCUGACUCUGAGGAAUUUAAGUGAAAUGCUAGAAUGUCAUGUAUUGUAUAUUCCAGUAUUCAAGUAUCCAAAUAAUAAAAAAUAACUUGUGACGAUGGUAAAACCCCUCAAUCCAUCUUUUUAAAUUUUCCUCAUAAUGUACUUAGAAAAUUCUGCUGUUCAUUGAUAUAAACUAGUAGUGGAGUAGUGUAAUGAUUCAAAUCGGAUGUGAAAACUUCAUUUAUCCUGUAGUAGAAUACAACGAGUCAUAUACAUUUUAAUUUCAAUAAUUUCAAAUAACUGUUGAAUAACACUUUUGAUGUAAACCAAUUUUUAUUUUUCUUCUUCGAUUAUUUUAUUUUAUUAUUAAAAAUCCAAAGAAUUAAAUCAGGUUUAACAUA